AUGGACAAUGAUGGGGGAAAUGCCAACACCACACAGUUCUAUGAUUAUUCAUCAUAUUAUUAUGAGGAUCUUCUUCCAAACUUCGCUCCUUGCAGCAACAAGGAUUUGAGGAAUUUUGGCAUGGUGUUUCUGCCAACUAUCUACAGUUUGGUUUUUGUCCUUGGCUUCAUAGGCAAUGGCCUAGUGGUUUGUGUCCUGCUAAAGCACCGCAACCAGACCAACUUGACAGACAUCUGCCUCUUCAACCUGGCUGUCGCCGACCUCCUCUUCGUCUUCACGCUGCCUUUCUACUCCCACUAUUUAGUGGUCGAUCAGUGGACUUUCGGAGACUUUAUGUGUCGCUUCGUCUCUGGCUCCCACACCACCGGGUUCUUCAGCAGCACCUUCUUCAUGGUUGCCAUGACGCUGGACCGCUACAUGGUCAUCUUACAUACUCGUGCAGUGGCACGAUAUCGCACUCCGAUGGCAGCCAUCACUCUGUCUGUGAUCGUUUGGAUGCUGAGCUUGUGUGUCUCUCUGCCGACUCUUAUCUUCACAAAGGUGACAAAUGAGUCUUCCGGGCAGGCUUGUGGCUACGUCCCAGAAAACAAGGCCUGGCUGCUUUACAACAUGUUCUCCGUCAAUAUAUUGGGCCUUUUGAUACCCUUGUUGGUAAUGAUAUGCUGCUACUCCAUGAUCAUCCCCGUAAUGAUGAAACUGAGGAGUGGGAAGAAGCACCGCGUGGUUAAGAUGAUCAUCUGUAUAGUGGUUGCCUUUUUCCUAUUCUGGACCCCAUAUAACAUUUCACUUUUCUUGAUAUUUCUGAAAUCUGAGGGUAAAUUGCAGUCCAGCUGCAGCAUGGAACAAAAUUUAAAGCUCUCAGCAACAGUGACUGAGACUAUUGCUUACACUCACUGCUGCCUGAACCCCAUCAUAUAUGGCUUUAUGGGACACAAGUUUAGGAAACGGGCCUUGCAGCUGUUGAGGAAAUUGGUGCCUCUGAUUCACUUCACCAGUUAUUUCUCAGAUAGCACAUACAGGGAAAGCUCAGUUACAUCCAGGUCCUCUGAUGUCACCUCAAAUUUCAUCAUGUAAGAGGUGGAGGGCAGAUUAUGAUUUGUUUCAUGGACAUCACUUGCAAUGUUGCCACAUUUGCAGUUAUUCUGACCAUAUAUUCCUUGAGUAUGUUGUAUGAUUUAUUCUGUAACUUCCAAUUCCCACCUAUGACAGCGUUAUUCAUUAACAUUGUAUGAUCUUAAAAAGAUGCCUUUUCCUGUACAUAUGAUUUACCGUGAAUAGGCACUGGAAUAUUUUGUUUUGACCAUAACACGUCAGAUGUGUAGGCCCAUCAAAUGUGAUGUGAGCUUCAUCAUCUUCUGUAUUAUAUCAAGUAUUUUCUAAAGGCUAUGUAAUAUCCGUCCUUUUAUCAGCGGAACACUGACUGAAACCACAAGGCUCUUGUUUGUGCCAGUCUGUGAUCACAGAGAUUGUUUUCCUCUGAAUGACGUGUUUAAUAUGUUCACACAUUUUGAUUUUCUCACUUUCAAAGUGCAUUUUUUUUCACAUUGGAGUUAAGCAAGUUAAACUGUUGUUGUGGAACAAAGUUUGGCUCAUCAUAAACGGCUGUAAUUUUUCUAAUUUCUCUAUAUUGUUUUAAGUUUCUAAUUUGUACAUACUAUGUACGCUUAUAGUAUAUUUUUCUAGUGUUUACAAUAAUACAUAGUUUUUUCUGACAAAAUCUACACACCUUCGUACAUCUAUUCACAUAUUUCGGUGUUCUGCUUAAUUCUUUUUCAAAUUUCUUCAAGUUAUGAUUUGUUGUUGUUGUUGUUGUUGUUGUUGUUGUGGUGGUUUAGUUUGCCA